AUGGGUUCAGAGACAUUCGUGGAAGUGAUUCUUGCAAUUUUUCUUCCCCCUAUAGGAGUUUUUCUCCAUUAUGGUUUUGGGGUGGAAUUCUGGAUAGAUUUGGUGCUAACAUUAUUGGGUUAUAUUCCAGGGAUUAUAUAUGCCAUUUAUGUAUUAGUUGGAUAG